UGUGGUUAGCUUCACACAGGUACUUGUGUAAACCUCUCUUGCAAGGGCGAUAUUCCGCGUGCCCGUGACUCUCUAGCCAUAGAAAAUACAGCUAUCUGCGCGGCUUCCAUUACAGCCGAGGGUGCAGACUUAGGGAAUAUCUGAAUAUAGACGCUAGAAAACACCCCAUAAUAUGGAUUUACAGCGAGUAUAGGAUCCGUUGAGACUCAGGCCUGCUUGGGGGCAGUGAGACGGCAGGACACUCGCGAAACUGAUGAAAUAUAGAGUUUUUUUUCUCGGCGUGCUUUGUCUUGGCCACCUAGCAAACCAUCAUUGUAAUUUGAUUGGAAGCUAUUCGGCUGGUGUUUGCUAGCAGGUCUGGGGGCUGGUGUACAUCGCCAUGUUGUUAUCAAAUAGUGACUGUUAAAAAGACCAAUCUUGAAGUAAAGGCGGCAAUUGUGUCCACCAGGUUCUACCGUUUUGCCACAGGGACACGAAUCUCUACAGUCGCGGAACCCACCACUGCACUGUUGUCGUCGGCGACAUGGCGGAACAAGGCUACUCUUCUUGGAGCUCACUAGCACGGGAAACUAACAGACACCGCUGUAGGCUAUUGGCGCAAGGAAUCAGGGCAUACUCCCUGGUCGACUCCAGCCAGGUGUCCACCUUCCUCAUCUCCAUCCUUCUCAUAGUCUAUGGCAGCUUCAGAUCAUUAAACAUGGACUGUGAGAACCAGGAGAAGGAUAAGGAUGGGAACCCUGUCCCGAAUGGGGCCUUCAACAAUGGCAACACAAACAACAGUGAGUCUCACAUAUUUGGUAUUCAGACCAUAGACUCCACACAGGCUCUGUUCCUGCCCAUAGGAGCCUCCGUGUCUCUGCUCGUCAUGUUCUUCUUCUUCGACUCUGUCCAGGUGGUCUUCACCAUUUGCACCGCAGUUCUUGCGACAAUUGCGUUUGCGUUCCUCCUGUUGCCAAUGUGCCAGUACUUGACCAGACCCUGCUCACCACAAAACAAUAGGAUCUCGUUUGGUUGCUGUGGGCGCUUCACUCUGGCCGAGCUCCUCUCCUUCUCCCUCUCUGUCAUGCUGGUGCUGAUCUGGGUGCUCACUGGACACUGGCUGCUCAUGGACGCUCUGGCCAUGGGGCUGUGUGUGGCCAUGAUAGCCUUUGUACGGCUACCCAGUCUGAAGGUGUCUUGCCUGCUGCUAUCAGGGCUGCUUAUCUAUGACGUGUUCUGGGUGUUCUUCUCGGCCUACAUCUUCAACAGUAACGUGAUGGUGAAGGUGGCCACCCAGCCGGCUGACAACCCCUUAGACGUGCUGUCCAGGAAGCUCCACCUGGGCCCUGGGAUGGGCCGCGACGUACCCCGAUUGUCCCUGCCGGGCAAACUGGUCUUCCCCAGUUCCACAGGCAGUCACUUCUCCAUGCUGGGGAUCGGGGACAUAGUGAUGCCGGGGCUGCUGCUGUGCUUCGUGCUGCGCUACGACAACUACAAGAAGCAGGCCAGCGGGGAGGCGGGGGGACCAGGCACGCCCGGACGCAUGGGGCGCGUCUCCUACUUCCACUGCACUCUCAUAGGAUACUUUGUGGGCCUGCUGACUGCCACUGUGGCCUCCAGAAUCCACCGCGCGGCUCAGCCUGCCCUGCUCUACCUGGUACCCUUCACCUUGCUGCCUCUGCUCACCAUGGCCUACCUGAAGGGAGACCUGCGGCGCAUGUGGUCAGAGCCUUUCCACACCAAGGCCAGCAGCUCCCGCUUCCUGGAGGUAUGAUGCACCCUGGGAACACAGCCAGCGUGGGGAGGACCAUGAGAGAAGAGGGAGAGUGUGCACUGAAGAGAGGCCUCGUCCUCAUCACUCGUUCAUUCUUUCCACCCAUCCUCUGAGCAGUAGACCUCUCAUAUGGACACCAGUGUGUGGACCUCAUUGCCAGACAACUCCUCUUUGCUUCCUUUUUCUUAUUCCGUCGCCCUCCUUUUCUCUCACUUCGUGACCUUCUCUUUCCUUCCCUCUCUAUAUUCCCUCCUUUUCUAUCCUUAUUUUCCAUCCCCCCUUCCCAUGACCCAUUCCAUUUUGCUAGGAGUCUCACUCUCUCCUUUUGCUCUUGGUCUCUCUUUGUCUUACUGCCGUACCGCCCCUCCAUCCCUUCCCAUUUAUGUAUCUGACUGACUGCCGGACUCCAAGGCCAGGUCUCCCCUUAUAUGGAUUACUGUUUGUGGGACGUGACUGGGUCUUCGUCAUUACAAAUCGUGUAAUUAUUAUUGUGGAAUGAUUUGGUAUGAACCACAGAGAGAGUGGGCAGAGCUGCUGCUGCUGCCACUACGCAGGACAAUGACAUCAGUGCACAGGACCAGCAGCUGACGGGAGAGAAGGAGAAGGAAUGGUUCAUCAGUCUCUCCCUCCCUGUCUCUGCCAUCCAUCUCCCCCUCCUGUCCCCUGAACACUUCUCUCUUUCCUCUACACCCUCAACCUUCCUCCCCCUCUAACAAUCUCCCACCUUCUAUCAUUCGCUGCCCCAUCACAGAAACAUGUAUUUUAUUUAGAAAAGAUUUUAUUCUUGGCAUAUACAGAAAUUAUGUAUUAUAAAUUGUGAAUGUGUCCCUGCUAUUGAUGGGGAUGCAUCUCUCUUUGUAAAUAUGUGUACACACACAUUUGGGUGUCAUGAUGUUUGAGUGUGUGAGUGAGAGAACAUAGAAUGAGAGAUUGUGUUAUUACAUUAUGAACAAUUUAAUAAUGUUUUAGAUCCAGCACAGGUAUAAAGACAUCAACAAUGACUCGACUUAUGGAGUGGCAAAUCUGACUUGGAUCACAGCUUUGUUCUGGAAGGAUAGUCACACUAGGGGAGGUUUCCUUGUGUACACAUUUCUUCCCACAAGUGACAGAAUGGACAUUGGGAAACCCCUAGAUAACCUUUGACAUGUGCCAUGGCUGUACCUGGAGGUGUCUGUCUGUGUGUGUGUGAUCAUAUAGCAUUACCUCCAUGAUGUCUAAUGGACCUUGAGAGAGAAUCUCUAUUACGCCCCUGAGGGAUUCAGCUUCAUAAAGGAUUGUAAUCAAUGGACCCUGAGAGGUUCAAACUAACCCAUAGCUAGUUUUUACUGUCAAAGGUUUAGUAUCCCAGCAGUUUUUGGAUUGUCAUUCCUCCCACAGUUUGUGGUGCUUGUCAGUUAGAUCAUAGCUUCAACGAUAUUGGAAUUAAAGUAUGUAUGUGUGAGAAUCAGAGGGAGAGCGAGACUUGAAUGGAACAUGCAGUUUGUCUUGGGUUUUCUUUACCUGUUUUCUUUCUUUUUUAUGUUGGUUCUCUGGCCUUGCAUGUCAAGUGUAGUGUGUGUCAUUCCUCAGACUGCAUCAACAGCUCAAACUGCUGGCCAAAACCAAGGCACUGAGCUUUGCCAGCAAGGCUGCACAGAGGAAAGUUACAUGGACAAAGGCCAGGGGUCUGGAGGACUCGGAACAGUUCUGACCCAACAGGCCAGUUGGCAGAUUUGAGACUCGUUUAGCCCUGACUUCACUCUGGCUGAUCAUUACCUGGACAUUAUCUGGCUGUGGGACAGACGAACGUCAGACGGCCUAAACAUCAUGGACUUCAUGUAACAACAAAAAAAUAUCAACUCUCCUCUGCCUCUUUAUGGACUUGGCAAAGAAAAUAAAAUUUAAAAAACAAUGCCGAUCAUGGUGAUAAAUAAUUGAAGAAAAUUUUGAUGAUUUCAUUUUUUAUGGAAGAUCUUUCUUUUUAUCCCCUUUGUAUUCGUUUUUUUUUUCUUAGUGCUGUAGGUUUAGUUCCAUUUUCUACCUUUCUUUCCUCUUCUCCCUUGCAGCAGAGGGCUCUAGCUCUUUGGUGCAUUGACAUUACAGCUGAAUGGAUUCUGUAUACAAGAAGUUGAAUAAAGUAAGAACUGUUUAGUGAAACAUGGACCUUGAUAAGCUGAAUCUAAAAUAUUUUGUCUUAAUCCCCCUCCCUGUUCCUCUCCCCCUUGUCAGGAUUCUGCUGUAAAUAAACAUGACUCUAACUGUA